AUGUCAAAGAAAUUUACAGUUGAAAAUCUAAAAUACAUGCUCAAACUUUCAGAAUCUGGAAAAUGCAUUGGAAAAAUGGUCUUAUACGAUGUUUAAGAAUUUUUUGGUGGAAAAAGUAAUCAAGCAAAUAGCCCUAAAAAUACAAAUUGUUUUGGCUUCUUUUGA